AUGUAUGGCAAAAUCUUUAUGAUCAUCUUUCAAACUUUACUUAACAUAACACUUCCAAGAUCCAAUCCCAUUCAAAAAAUUUUGUCGAGAAAAAGUUUAAAAGAAAUUUUUGUUUUUGACAAUAUUAAAAAUAUUGUGAUCGUAAUUCAAACGUUGCUUUAUCUAUACGUUAUGUAUCAACAAGAAGCUGGUUUGAUCCCUCUCUUACCUGAUGAUUAUCAUAAAUUUUCUGAAUGGAACCGUUUGGAAAUUUUCAGUCAUAUCUGUAAUAUUGUUGGAAGCUUCCUAAUAUUACAGAGCUAUAAUACUUUAAAGGAAUAUUUCAAUCCUGACGUCACAAUAAAAAAAGAACAUAAAUUAAUCACUACAGGACCGUAUUCUUCAUUGGUUCAUCCUUCGUAUACUGGUGUCAUCUUGCAGUGGGUCUUUUUAUUUCACUUGCAUUUUCAAUUAACUCGUUAUAUUCCUUUAUACUCCCCGUUCAAGAUGUUUAACUUUUUAUCAAGUUGGUGGUUUAAAGCUUUUGAAGUAAUUGGUUUAAACGUUUUGGUUUACAAACGACUCAUUCAUGAAGAAAAGUUGAUGAAAAAUCAUUUUGGGAAGGAAUGGGAUAAUUACUUUCGUCAACGAAAAAGAUUUAUACCAUACGUUUUUUGA